AUGUCCGAUCGCAAGAAGAUGAAAGCGUAUGACAGCGUUCGUUGGUGCGUGUGUAGCCAGGGCGAAGGUUCAGCUUGUCGCGAAACUGUCGCGUCGGGUGUCGUCACGUGGUACCGUAUCAUGUCAAAACGUCAUCCCGACCGUCGCGACUUCCCAACCAACACUGCGACGCCCUCCCUUUUUCUCUACACUGCAUUUCUUUCCUUCCUUCUUUCACACGUCCACUUCUUUUGCGCACUUGCGCUGACAUGUCUCGUCUCCUUGACUGUAACCUUUCCACUUCUCUGCAUGGCUUCACUCCCUUUUGAUGCUGCGCUCAACGAGCCAGACACCGACGCGUCACAUUUGCUUUUGCACCAGCUUAUUAUCGCCAAUGAAUUCGAUAGACUUUCUUUUGUCACUGCUGAGCGGUACUUACAUGCAUUCUGCAACACUAAUCUAUCUCACAUCCGCCGGCGAUGGAUCGGUCUUGCGCUGGCAGGCAUGAUUGGCGCAGCGCCCAAUGUUGUUGAUCAUCUUCAACCUCAUGAUCUACAGAAACUAGGAGCAAUUGUCCUUAGUGACACUGAGCUGGAAGAAACCAGGGUCGUUGCUGGUCUGGCCAUGCGACAGGCCCUUGUGCACGACAUCGAGGAUGACCGUCUCUGGGCCUCCGACAAAGUUCGCAACUGUGGGCUGAAUUUUCCCAAGGACCUCGAUGUGCGCUGGAUGGCCAAGUUCCAAGAUUUCCUUGAUGCAUUGCACAGCUUAGCCUUGACCGCAUCGAACAACACUACGUCGAUUAUUUAUCCCGUCUCCCUAUUAUCUCCCGGCGAGUUCCAGUGGAGCAGUUCCAAUGAGGGUCUUCCUGUUGCAAUUAUUCAGGCGGGAAGCUUGACCGUGAUUCUACCAGGCCCCAAUCUACGUGAAAUUCACUUCCUCGACGUUCCGAUCAAUCACAUCUGUAGCACACAGUCCCAACAAUCCACGCUUCACGAUUCUCAAGCACGGACAAGUGAGUACGAACCUUGGGAGUUAACACUUACACUUCAAGCGAAACCUUGGACUUACCGCUUCAACCACUCGACGCGUCAAGGAACAGAGCUAACGUUCAUGUUUGAGCAUUCCGCGGAUGCAAAGGAGUGGGAGAGUUGCAUCAAGGAGCAUCAGCAAUCAACUCAAUCGUCCAUGGGGCCACCCACUUUGAAGAUAAAUCCUCACAUGUCCUCUAGCUCUCCCAUCAAGUGCGGGGGUACGAGACGUCAUGAUAGAAAUAAGGAGCAACAUGCUACCGCCAAAGUCUCUCAAGCUCAACAAGAAGAGAAUCAGUCGGGUCCUGCUGGCAAUUCCUUUCAAUUGCGCACAACGCCGAAAUCUAUCGGACAAAUUAACAUUGGAUAUCAUCACUCGGAGAUUUCGGGUAGCAGGCAAGCCGAAGGAGCAGCAAGUCCAGUUCAAGGAAACGGAAAUCCUGCUAUGGCAGGUGGCAGGGGAGGUGAGGCCUCGCCCAGCCAACUUUCAGAUGGAACGACCCCGGUCAAUAAUGGGGCAAAACAGAUACAGACGCAAGAUCCUUCGAGGUCCGUGGGACUUAUAAGCGAACAUAAUCCGAUCUUCCACACUCCUACAACAGGCUUGAGGUCUAAGUCAGCAACCGCCAGGAAAGGAAAACUUCCCAAAGUCUCUCAAUUAGCGAAGGACAGGGCUUUUAGGCCAAGCCCUGAGCCUGCAGAAGAUAUAGAUAUUGCAGUAUAUGAGGCGCCAGGCACAGAUAGACAGCAAACCAUGGGACCAACAACUAUGAAGAAGAUUAAAGCAAAAUCUAAACAACAGCCCAAACCAUCCAAGAAGAUCGCCAUGGACCAAAAAAACAGUACAAGAGACACCCGAUCACGUGCCAAGCGGAAAGCUGUCGAUGAUGGCGAGUACAUACCUGAUGACGUGCGUUUAAAAAACGCGACUAACGCCAGUCGAAAGUCUGGUACACUGGCGUCAACCAGCACUAACAAGCGGAGAAAGAGAGUAAAUAAAGGAGCUUCCGAGGAGAUGAUGGCCAUGUCAGAUGAAGCUCAAGUGGCCAGCAAAGAGAAGGAAGAUAGCACAAUCGUACGAGGGUCAACAAGGCUAGCUAGCAAGGCCCGAAAGCCACAACAGACCCAGGAGGGUGCUCAUGGGACCAUUUCUUCUUCUCUGAAGUCAUCGAAAGCCUCCCUUAUCCAGGGACUGGUUGACUCUCGCAAGCCAAUGAAGCCGUCAAGCGCCACGUUCAAGAAGCCACUACGUCCCGUGCAGUCAAUCGAACAACCUUCAACUCCAACGAAGACGAGAAUGAGGCCAUCGGAACCAUCAAGACAAGCACAUACUCCCAAUGUCCGAACACAUUCUACCGAUAGCUCUCGGCCUGUCUUCCGCUCUUCAUCGCCGAUAGACCCUACUGCAUAUGAAAGCAACGUGUGGACACCGCACAUUGUCGCACAUACUGAGAUACUGUCAAGUAAUAGCAAGCCUGUGCCUGCGUCGCCCAAUGCAGAGUCGACAGCUAUCUCAGGACACGCGCACUGUGAGGAAGUAGAUCUGGAGAAGAAGAAGGCAGAUGUUCAAACAGCUAAAAUGGACCCAUUUCAGCAACGUCGGGCUAGUCGAAAAGUCUCGUCUUUCACUCGUCGGCUCACUGGAGAGGGAUUCUGUGGCUCACCCAAAAAGCCCAUUGAGAUCACUAGCUCUUGCAGUUCUGAGUUUGAGACCACAGUACAAGCAAUCACUCCACCACAUCUGGGGGCUAUGCAGUGGACUGGAGAGGAUCAGCAGCAAACUCUGCAUCACAAGCCUGGUCUAACAUCUUUGUUACGAGCUUGGCCCCGUCCGGAGCACAUAUCUGGAGACAAGGCGACAACGAAGCAACUAAUUCAUAACCGGCAGUCUAACAUGCCAAAGGUCUCUAAGGAAUCCGAGCAGAGUAGAACACAUACUUUACAUGAAGUCGGUCGUAUACCAGCUGAGAACUUGCUACGACAUACUAGUAGGACACCAAUAACAGACUCCGGUGCACGUCGAUUACGUGGCGGAACUGCAGAUGUUCCCGCGAAACAUUCCUCGCUCGAUCCCCAAAAUACCACGAACGAGUGUGUUGUGGUUGCUCCUCAGCAGCUAGUUCAAGACACCCAAGUCACGAAGCAACCAUCUGCUGAACACGGCGCAGACCUCGACAUUGAUGGCGAGCAGACACUGAUCAAUCAUGACGGAUACGAUGAAAGCAUUACCGGAUUCGCCGCUUCCUCUAUCCACUUCCCCUCUUCACCGCCUAUUGGAGGUUCACCGAGUAGCCACAGCUCGACUUCAGCGGACUCUGACGUGCCACCAACUGACCCCCCUUGUCUAAAUUCAGAGGCGGAAGAACUGGAAUGGGAAGCAAGUCUCAGUCCUCAUCAGCGAGCGCUACAUGACCUGUUGAUUCGCACUUCGAAACGGGUAUUGCGACACGUUGUGGACAAUGAGACUGCUGUGACUGACAUCGCGGAGAUAUUCGAGAGGGAUGGGGAGCACGUCUUGCGCUCCUUGCUUCAGCGCCAUGCUGGUGACUACGAGCAUGUGUUCCACGAGAUGGAUGUCAAGGGGAAAAGUCUGCAACAUGAGCUGCAGGACGUAGCCAAGCAUUUGGCUAAUCAAAGAAAACGUAUUCGCGCGAUGGUGUAG